CUGCGCUGCAGUUGCUUUAGUUGACAGAAUUCUCGACUCGCUCAACAGCAAACUCAAAGGCGGCUGAAAACCAACUUUUGUUCAAGUCGAGCAUAUCAAAAUUCUGGUUAUCCCAUUGAGCAAAUAUCUAAAAUUUGAAGAAAAAUGGCUGAACGCGAUGCGGCAUCGAAUCAGUUGAUUGACUACAAAAACUGCCAAACGGUUUCACCGGGAGCGGUCACCACUGGACAUGGAGCACCCAUUGGCAUCAAGGAUGCCACACAGACGGUGGGUCCUCGUGGUCCUGUGCUGCUGCAGGAUGUGAACUUCCUGGACGAGAUGUCGCACUUCGACAGGGAGAGGAUUCCGGAGCGUGUGGUGCACGCCAAGGGAGCUGGUGCCUUCGGUUACUUCGAGGUGACCCACGACAUCUCGCAGUAUUGUGCCGCCAAGAUAUUCGACAAGGUGAAGAAGCGCACUCCAUUGGCCGUGCGAUUCUCCACCGUGGGUGGUGAGAGCGGAUCGGCUGAUACGGCCCGUGAUCCUCGAGGAUUCGCCAUCAAGUUCUACACGGACGACGGCGUCUGGGAUUUGGUUGGCAACAACACACCGAUCUUCUUCAUUCGCGACCCGAUCCUGUUCCCCAGCUUCAUUCACACGCAGAAGCGUAACCCGCAGACGCACCUGAAGGAUCCGGACAUGUUCUGGGACUUCCUCACCCUGCGUCCGGAGUCGGCUCACCAGGUGUGCUUCCUGUUCAGCGAUCGCGGCACUCCCGACGGCUAUUGCCACAUGAACGGCUAUGGUUCGCACACCUUCAAGUUGAUCAACGCCAAGGGCGACCCCAUCUACGCCAAGUUCCAUUUCAAGACGGACCAGGGCAUCAAGAAUCUGGACGUGAAGACCGCCGAUCAGUUGGCCAGCACCGAUCCGGAUUACAGCAUUCGUGAUCUGUACAACAGGAUCAAGACCUGCAAGUUCCCCAGCUGGACCAUGUACAUCCAGGUUAUGACCUUCGAGGAGGCCAAGAAGUUCAAGUACAAUCCGUUUGAUGUCACCAAGGUCUGGUCGCAGAAGGAGUUCCCUCUGAUUCCCGUCGGCAAGAUGGUCCUGGAUCGCAAUCCCAAAAACUACUUUGCUGAGGUGGAGCAGAUUGCCUUCAGCCCGGCUCAUAUGGUGCCCGGCAUUGAGCCCUCCCCGGACAAGAUGCUCCAGGGUCGUCUGUUCUCCUACUCGGACACCCAUCGCCAUCGUCUGGGACCCAACUACUUGCAGAUUCCGGUGAACUGCCCCUACAAGGUGAAGGUGGCGAACUACCAGCGGGAUGGACCCAUGAACGUCACUGACAACCAGGACGGUGCCCCGAACUAUUUCCCCAACUCGUUCAACGGACCCCAGGAAUGCCCAAGGGCCCGAGCUCUGUCUUCGUGCUGCCCGGUAACUGGAGAUGUCUACCGCUACAGCAGCGGAGAUACGGAGGACAACUUUGGCCAGGUCACCGACUUCUGGGUGCACACUCUGGACAAGUGCGCCAAGAAGCGUCUGGUGCAGAACAUCGCCGGUCAUCUGAGCAACGCCAGCCAGUUCCUGCAGGAACGAGCCGUCAAGAACUUCACCCUGGUGCAUGCCGAUUUCGGUCGCAUGUUGACCGAAGAACUUAACCUGGCCAAGUCCUCGAAGUUUUAAGCAGAGGCAAUCCCCCAAUCGCCUCAAAUUCGACUUGGUUUUUGGCCUUAAUUACGAUUAAUCCACAACGAUACCCACUCCGAACGCUUUUCGGCUCUUUGGUUGCGGGAUAAAAUUGAUUUAACCACAUACUGUGUCUUGUCUUGUUUUGAUAUUCAAAAUUGUCUUAGUUAUACACGAAAUACAAUUAUAUGCAAUGGAUAUAUAAUAAAUUCUUUAUUUUUUGAUAAAAA